AUGAGGCAGAGGUUCUGUUGGAUAUUAAGGGUUGCCCCCUUUAUCAUUGAGCGCUUUGGUGAAGAAAUCACAACCAGUGAAAAGGGUGGUGAUCACAUGGUCUAUAACUUGUUGCUGGAAUUUGCCUCUGGAGGAACUCUUGGCUAUCUGAUUAAGAAAUCCAGCGGUCAUGGAUUGCCUGAAGCUGAAGUUAGAAGGUAUACGAGGUCGAUACUCGAAGGGAUUAAGCAUAUUCACAAGUUUGAUUAUGUUCACUGUGAUUUGAAGCCGGAAAACAUUCUGCUUGUACCAAAUCCUGCAACUAGUACUGGUAGUUUUGUGGCCAAGAUUUCAGAUUUUGAAUUGGCUAAGAAAUCCAAGGAGAAUUACGGUCAAUGGAGAGGCACUCCUACGUAUCUGUCCCCAGAAGCUUUGAAUGAUAGUGAGCAGGAGCCGCCCUCUAAUAUAUGGUCUCUUGGUUGUAUCGUACUUGAGAUGCUAACAGGCAAGUCCUCAGAUUUAAAGCCUGGUUGUGAACUUGAAGAUUUCCACUAUAUGUUUGAUCACGUAUGUACUCCCAACAUCCCUGCUGGAAUCUCAGGUGUGGCCAGGGAUUUUCUUAAAAGUUGCCUUGCCAUGAGGUCAUGUGAAAGGCUGACCGCUGAAAAGCUAUUGCUUCAUCCAUUCGUUGUACUGCCAAAGCCAUCGAAAGCAGCUCGUCAUACAAAAGGGGAGGUGGUUUGCUCAUCUUCAGGCUAUGCAGAUGGCUCCAAACCAAGUGCAAAUUGUCACGCAAGCUCUGCCAUUGUUUGCAGAAUUCCGCCACCACCCGGUUUUGAGAUACUUGCUGCUCUUGUUUGA